GGGGUUCAGCGCAGCAUACCACGGCCACACUAGUGGGGCUAGGCUCGACUUAACGGAAUACCCUACUGGCAUGACUGGGUCCGUGAGCACUAGUAGCAGCGCCAUCUGGAGCAGUGGACAGGGUGGAACGUCCACUAGUAGCACAACUAACUGGAGCAGUAGACAGGGUGGAACGUCCACUAGUAGCACAACUAACUGGAGCAGUAGACAGGGUGGAACGUCCACUAGUAGCAGCGCCAUCUGGAGCAGUGGACAGGGUGGAACGUCCACUAGUAGCACAACUAACUGGAGCAGUAGACAGGGUGGCAUGUCCACUAGUAGCAGCGCCAUCUGGAGCAGUGGACAGGGUGGAACGUCCACUAGUAGCACAACUAACUGGAGCAGUAGACAGGGUGGAAUGUCCACUAGUAGCACAACUAACUGGAGCAGUAGACAGGGUGGAAUGUCCACUAGUAGCAGCGCCAUCUGGAGCAGUGGACAGGGUGGAACGUCCACUAGUAGCACAACUAACUGGAGCAGUAGACAGGGUGGAACGUCCACUAGUAGCACAACUAACUGGACAACUAACUGGAGCAGUAGACAGAGUGGAACGUCCACUAGUAGCACAACUAACUGGAGCAGUAGACAGGGUGGAACGUCCACUAGUAGCAGCGCCAUCUGGAGCAGUGGACAGGGUGGAACGUCCACUAGUAGCACAACUAACUGGAGCAGUAGACAGGGUGGAAUGUCCACUAGUAGCACAACUAACUGGAGCAGUAGACAGGGUGGAAUGUCCACUAGUAGCAGCGCCAUCUGGAGCAGUGGACAGGGUGGAACGUCCACUAGUAGCAGGACCAACUGGAGCAGUAGACAGGGUGGAACGUCCACUAGUAGCAGGACCAACUGGAGCAGUGGACAGGGUGGAACUUCCACAUUUCUUGGGCCGCUUUGUAACUUGCGGCGACAGCGAGGGCUGAGUGAACCAGCAGAGGUGAGACAAGUGCUUCUUUCAACUUAGCUGGGAACUCACCAGAUUGCAGUGACCUAUUAACAACUGACGUGAUUGACGGUAGCACUUCAGAGGCCGUAUACCACGGGGCUUUCGGACGUUAUGAGAUGUCACGGGUCUUGAGGGGGGUGUAUUUGUCCAAAAGAUGACAGAGGGUACUGUUGAAAGACUCAGCCAUCUCAUUUACAGCAUGAGGGGGCGAGAGAUGAAGACAUCACCCGGUACAGCAGAGUGAUCUGGCGGAAGGUCAUGCACGACAUGAACAUUUGAUACAGUAUCAAGGGAAUCACAGGUUGUCUGUCGGAGAAAGUUGUACAGACCCUGUUAGAUGCAAGGAUGCUUAACAUAUGAGGGAAGGGUAUGGGAGAAACAGAUAUAUAGACAUGCUUCCACGAAUAUGCUAAGUUACUGGAUACCAAGAUGGCAACCAACCACUACUACUCAAACAGAUGCAACAAGGUCAUUCGCACAAGCUGUUUUGCAAAACAAAACUAUCAUUAUCGGGAAGAGGUCAUUGAUUGCCCCUUGUCUCCUGCUACAAUUAUUGACAUCCCAUCACACUUCUAUGUAUGUCAGGUUAAAUGCGUAAUGUGUUAAGCAUGUCAUUUUGGAUACAUCAACCGACAUGAAUGAGGCUGCUCAAAAAGGUUAAGAGAAUCCAUGGAGAAAUCAGGACUCAUAACCAGACAUAGGAUGGAGGAUUAGCAGGUAUUGGUUUCCAAGAGGGAUGAGUAUACCCCAUUUUUUUCUAAAAGAAUUAAUUUCAGGUCGAAAUAAAUAAGCAAAAAUUAUACAAUACCAUUUGAUUGAGACCGAUCCCAUUGGACAUAUCCAAUAUGCUUCUUGUAUCCAGAUGUGAAUAAUAAAUAAGGGUUAAGGUUUUCAAUUUAAAAACUUGAUGCCCUAUUGAAAAGUGUAUGGAUACCUGGGUAAGGCUACCUGUUGAAAGAACCCUAAAUCAAAAUUGAAACCUUGGUAGUUUCUGUUUAGAUUGUCUGCAUGACAUUCCCCACUAUUACCACCUGUUCAUCAGUUUGCAAACUACAUGUACAGUGAGCUGUUUAUACAACUUAAA